AACCAGCUAACCUAAUAUAUAGAGGAGACAGAUCAUUACAGUUGUAAUUGUAAAAGUUGUUAUUUCUUCCUGGAGAGUGUCGUGGAGAUAUUAUCAAAGACUUGUUAUCUGUGAUAUUAUCUUUUUAGCCGUGGAAAAAAAGACAAGCUACAUGCUAUCGUGCACAGUAAAGAUAAUACAAAACAAACAGUUCUUGAUUUGUACUUGUACAUAUUUAUUUUCACAAUUAAGAAUUUAAAAAGUGUUGAAGUCAGAAAUGGAAUCAUACUCAAAAAUUUUCCUAGAUGAAAAUCAUGACAGAGUAAAGAUGGAAAUGGGAGAAGGUGCUGAUAGCUAUGAGAAAGGAAACUCAUAUGACUUGGAUUUUCAGUACGAGUCUGAUGGAGAGGAUAUUGAGGAUAAAAAGACUGAAAUCAUGGAUAUUGUUCAUCAUUACACUGAUGAGAAAGGAAUAAGAUUGUCUUUCAAAUAUGAAACAGGUGACUUUGCUUUCAACCAGAAAAGCAAUCUCGAAGGGCAUAUAGAUGCUGUUCAUUUGAAUGAAAGAGAACAUAAAUGUCACUUAUGUGGGUUUGCAGCCAAUCAGAAAAGUAACCUCAAAAUUCAUAUAGAUUCUGUCCAUUUGAACAUAAAAGAAUUGAAAUGUCACUUAUGUGAGUAUGCGGCAAGCAAGAAUGAAACCCUUCAAAAUCAUAUUGAUGAUGUCCAUUUGAAUAAAAAAGAACAUAUAUGUUCCUUAUGUGAUUAUGCAGCCAACCAGAAAGUUCAACUCAAAAUUCAUAUGGUUUCUGUCCAUUUGAAUAAAAGAGAACAUAAAUGUUCCUUAUGUAAUUAUGCAGCCAAUCAUAAAUCUUAUCUCGAAAAUCAUAUAUAUUCUGUCCAUUUGAACAUAAAAGAAUUUGAAUGUCACUUAUGUGAGUAUGCUGCAAGCAAGAAAGAUACCCUUCAAAAUCAUAUAGAUUGUGUCCAUUUGAAUAAAAAAGAACAUAAAUGUCAUUUAUGUAAUUAUGCAGCCAACCGGAAAGUUUAUCUCAAAAAGCAUAUAGAUUCUGCCCAUUUGAACAUAAAAGAAUUUGAAUGUCACUUAUGUGAGUAUGCUGCAAGCACGAAAGAUACCCUUCAAAAUCAUAUAGAUUCUAAUAUAAGCGAAUUAUUAUAUUUCAAAAUGAAAACUAUCAACGGAGCGGAGACCAGAGCUGAAACGUCUACAACAGAGAGGAUAUUGCAAACAACUGAAAUGGAGACCCUAAGAACAAUAACGGGAUACAAACUGGUGGACAGACAGAGAAAUUCUGUUAUAAGAGAGAAAUGCCAAGUGGACCAUGUGGUCAGAUGGAUAAGGAAGAGGCUGAGAGAGUGGAACCAGUAUGUGGACAGAAUGAGACUAGGCAGAAUGGCAAAGACCACCAGAGACAACAAACCCCUCGGAAGAAGAACCAUCGGACGACCACCAAAGCAAUGA